AUGGGCCCAAAGUUGGAGCCGGUCGAAAAUGCCAGGCCGAUCAGCUCUCCUCUGCCGAGCAACGAUGAGGUCCCAUACCGUAGCCCAAGCGAGGAAGUCCCGCCCGAGAUUCCGGCCCAGCGUGAUCAUAUACAACCACCGCAAAGAGUGUCCACAGAAGCGGCACUCUCGCUUGAGUCCGUCGUAUGGGGCAGCCAUCAAGCCGUGGUAACAAAGACAGCACGAUCGUUUGGAAGUGUUGGGGUUUCUAUGGAAAGUGAUUUCGUCCGAGCGUACCAUGAGCAGAUCAUCAUUAAUCUGCACCGUGAGAAUGUGGCAUGGAUGCACAACGUUGUGCAUCUGCAUACUUUCGAACAGGAGUGCUCCGAGGUGCAGUGGGAGCAGGAACCCCCUCCUGGAUCCUGGUGCGCGCUGUACUAUGCCACCAUGAGUGCAGGAUUCUACUACAUGACCAAAGAUAUUGAGCAACGACAUAACAUUGACGAAGCGUUAUCCUUGGCAAAGUUCUUUUAUAGGAAGGCACUCAACUCAUUGCAUGAGAUAGACUUCAUGGCCAAUCCUUCUCUUCACGUCCUCCAAGCAAUUUGUAUGUUUGUGCCAUGCGGAUAUGCGUUUGGAGACACGCGCAGAAUGAUCACGUUACUGUCGUCUGCCUGUUGUAUUGCUCAGCUCAUGCAGUUACACAAUCUAGAAGAGCAACCACCUGGCGAACGGACGGCCGGACACAUCAUGCAACACGAGAUCAAGAAGCGAGUUUGGGCGUUUCUUGUCAUACAAGACUCUUACCUCGUUUCAUUCAAGCAUACCUACAGUAUUCAGCUAACCCACUCUCAAACGCCUCCCCCGCUGAACUGCUCUGAAUCUCUGGAUGGCCUAGUCGUGGGUGGCCAGUUAAAGAUACUACCAGCCUCACAACCGACACAAACCAGCUAUAUGCUCCUACAACUGAAGCUUACAAACCUCAAAAGAGAUUUAUUUGAUGAAAUAUCCUCAUGUGCCAACAUCUCCCCUGAGCUGCAAUUCAACAUGGUACUGCAGACUGACGAGAGGAUGAUGGCACUUCGACGGGAUCUACCAUCUUGGAUGAAGUCCGAGGGUCUUCCUACACAAACCCCAAUCUUCGUCCAGUCUCAAUGGCGCACAUUCCGCAUCUCGUAUGCUCACAUGAUAAUGUCGAUCCAUCGUACUUUCUUUUGCCUGUCUUUCAGCGACAAAAAGUACUGCUACUCUCAGAUCGCAUGCCUGGGUGCUUCACACAUGCUGCUGAAGACCUAUCUAGACACGGCAGGCUGUGGGCUAGUAGAGAGUUGGACCAUCCCUGCAAACCUCCUAAGCUCUUGUAUCUUUCUAUCAUUGAAUCUUUUCCUUUCCGGUUGCAAUGAUGGAUUCGAUCCUCAUGUGUCAAAAUCACACUUUGAGGACCGAGGGAUCAUUCUUCAAGCUUUACAACAUAUAGAAACAUCAGGACCAUUUAAUCAGAUGGUUAAACGAGGAGGUAUUGUAAUCAGACGGCUAUUGGAAACGAAGCAUGAAGAGAGGUCUCCCGGAGUGUCCUUUACUAGCGACGAGAUCACUGCUUUGGUCCGGGAGGUUGAGAACACAAUGCAAGAGGAUGACUCGGAGACUAUGGGAAUAUUUAACUUGACGUUUGAUGAAUUCCUCGACUUUUCUGUUAAUAGCUGA